AUGGCUGACGAAAGAGGCAGCUGGGGGUCGUGGGUAGAGUUCUUACUAUCGGCGCUAGGCUCCUUGGUCGGCCUGGGCAACGUCUGGAGAUUUCCCUAUGUCUGCUACAGGAGUGGUGGAGGAGCUUUCCUGAUUCCAUUCUUCGUGGCCAUGCUAGUCUGUGGCUGUCCCAUUCUCUUCCUGGAGACGCUCUAUUGCCAGUACUCCAACCUGGGACCAGGCAAAGUCUGGGUGAUCUGCCCUUUGUUUAAAG